AGCAAAGCAACCUAGUAUGUACUGAAGCAUGAAUGGUAAAUACCGACAUGAAUGUCUGCAGAAACAGAAGCAGCUCGAUAUGUCAUCUCUGAAGUACUUGGAUGGUGAUUGUCAGUAACAUGAGAUGACAAAAAGCUUUGUGGUCCACUGUUACUGUUGUUGGGCAACUCUCGAGCGUCCAAGACCACCCGUACCUCGGAACGUACUUGAAGUGCUCCACUCAUGACAACGUCGCUGGUUGUUCCACAUCGACCCCGACUCCGACCCCGGACUUGCCAGAUAACGUACCGAUACUGUGUAUCUGUAUGGAGAGCUUGUAUUCAACCGGCCCACGAAAGCAUCUCGUCCCGGCCAGACCCCAGAAAAGAUGAACUCGACCAGGAGAACGAUUUCAUUCACCUUGCGCGCGGCGUUGAGGCAACCUUAUAGCAAGCCAACCCCGCAGCUGUCAACGGCCUUCAACGCCCUCACCCGCCACACGCUUCCAGGCUCUGCCGCAUCCAUCCACACAUCGUCUCCCCGAUCAAUUUCAGGAGCAAUGUCCCCAUCUGCUGUCAGUAGCACGAGCAAUGGCACUGUUAGUGCCCCUAAGCAGAAUGCUUGGAUUGGUCAUCUCGGGGCCGCGGGCUUCGACCUGAGAAGCGAUACCAUGACCACUCCGACGGCGUCGAUGCUCGCUGCCAUUCAAAACUGCAGCUUGCUAGAUGACGUCUUCGUAGAGGACCCCACAACGAUGGAACUCGAAUCUCAUGUCGCCGCUCUCGCUGGCAAGGAGGCCGCUCUCUUGGUGCUCUCCGGGACUAUGGGCAACCAAGUAGCCCUUCGAGCACUCCUCACACAACCUCCAUACAGCGUGUUGAGCGACCAUCGCUCUCACAUCAUCAAGUACGAAGCUGGCGGUGUUGCUUCGCUUUGUGGCGCCAUGAUACAACCCGUGGUACCAAGCAAUGGAGCUUACCUGACACUGGAGGACAUUGAGGCCCACGCUGCUCUUGAUGACGAUGUCCAUACCUGUCCUACCAGGGUCAUUAGCUUGGAAAAUACCCUCGGCGGCGUGGUGACCCCUCUGGCCGAGGCCAAAAGGAUCGCAGAGUUUGCACGCAAGAACAACCUCAAGCUUCAUUGCGAUGGUGCUAGAAUGUGGGAGGCUGUUGCCUCUGGAGCCGGUAGUCUUUCCGAAUACUGCUCACUAUUUGACACGGUCAGCUUGUGCUUCUCGAAGGGCCUCGGUGCUCCGAUUGGAAGCAUCGUUGUGGGCGACGCAGCGCACAUCAAGCACGCCCGCUGGGUGCGCAAGUCUAUCGGCGGUGGUCUCCGGCAGUCUGGAGUGGUAGCGGCUCCUGCUAGGGUCGCCGUUGACGAGACGUUCGGAAAGGGGCCCAACGGUGAAGGCGGUCUUUUGAAGUCGUCUCAUGAGACUGCAAAGAAAAUAGGGGAACUCUGGACCAGCUUUGGCGGCAAGCUCACCCUUCCGGUGGAUACCAACAUGUGCUGGCUUGAUUUAGAUGCUGCCGGGUGCAGCACUCAGGACUUCAUCGCGUUUGGGGCCGAAGUGGGACUGAAGCUCAUCGGCAACAGGUUGGUCAUCCACUAUCAAAUUGCGCAGAACCAAGACAAGGUUCUGCCUAAGCUAGAGCAAGUCUUUCGGCGAGCUCUCGAAGGCGGUAGUCAGACAACAGGAGGGGAGAAGGGCCCGACGAACAUGUACCAGCCGCGAUAAGGUUGAAUGUCGUUUCUUGGGUUCUCGUGGACAUUAUAUCUUCCAGACGACGCCAACUUCAAUAGAUGAUGUUACGCCUAUAUCCUCGAAUGAUCCAAGGUUAUCACAACCUCGGCCUAAGUGUCCCUUGAAUAUGAU